GUGAAGAAAGGUGAGAAUGUACAAGCCAUCCUUCUCAUGGUAGAAGGCUGUGAGCUUUUUAAAGAACUACUGGAAAUCUUCAGUGGAGGAUAUGGGAGCACCGCAGCAGACGCUGAAGAAAAGCUAAUGAACCACCUACUGAGUCCUGACAGGUACAAUAAGUUAAUUCGACCAGCUGUCAACUCAUCCCAGUUGGUAUCUAUAGAACUGCAGGUUUCCCUGGCACAGCUCAUCAGCGUGAAUGAACGGGAGCAGAUCAUGACCACAAAUGUCUGGCUGAACCAGGAGUGGAUUGAUUAUCGUUUGGCAUGGAAGCCCUCUGAGUAUGAAGGAAUAAAUAAGCUGAGAAUACCUGCAAAACACAUCUGGUUGCCAGACAUUGUGCUUUACAAUAA